CCGGACACACCCUUGAAACAAAAUGGCGGAGUAUUUUGAUGAACUCGACCCUAAAACUAGUUAAAGAGAAUAGUUUAACAGCUAUGUAUUGGAACUUCAAAACCAGGAAAUUUUUGCACAAAAUAUAUCACAAGACGCUGGAAUGUUAAAAGCCGAGUAAACAAAUACAAAUUUGAGAACAAGUCAUUUGGAAAGUUUUUAACUCUUUAGACGACACUUGCUGUGAUCUUAUAGUGUCAAACAUCAUGGCUCAGCAACAGGUAAGAAGGCAAGCGUGGAAUGCAGAUUGACCCAGAGAUAUGCUUCACCAAAAUGGACAAGAUUGGGAAGGGAUCAUUUGGGGAGGUGUAUAAAGGUCUGGAUAAUGAAACCAAAAAGGUGGUGGCCAUUAAAAUAAUUGACCUCGAGGAGGCAGAAGACGAGAUUGAGGACAUCCAACAAGAGAUCAUGGUCCUCUCCCAGUGUGAUAGUCCAUAUGUCACCAAAUACUAUGGCUCCUAUCUCAAGGGAUCCAAGUUAUGGAUUAUCAUGGAAUAUUUAGGAGGAGGGUCUGCACUAGAUCUAAUGAAGGCUGGAGCUUUCUCUGAGAAUGAUAUUGCCAUCAUCUUACGAGAAAUACUUAAAGGACUAGAUUAUUUACAUUCUGAGAGGAAAUUGCAUAGAGAUAUCAAAGCUGCUAAUGUGUUGCUAUCAGAGAUGGGAGAUGUCAAACUGGCAGACUUCGGAGUUGCAGGACAACUAACUAAUACAACAAACAAAAGAAACACAUUUGUUGGGACACCUUUCUGGAUGGCACCCGAGGUCAUCAAACAAUCUGCUUAUGACACCAAGGCUGACAUUUGGAGUUUGGGUAUCACGGCUAUAGAACUGGCAAAAGGAGAACCCCCUAAUUCAGACCUCCAUCCGAUGAGAGUGCUUUUUCUUAUCCCCAAAAACAACCCCCCACAGUUGACUGGGAAUUUUACCAAGCCAUUUAAAGAGUUUGUAGAGCUGUGCCUUAACAAGGAUCCAAAUAAUAGGCCAUCAGCAAAAGAAUUGUUAAGGCAUCCUUUUAUCAGGAAAGCCAGGAAAACAACUUAUCUACAAGAAUUGAUUGACAAGUAUCAGCGAUGGAAACAGGAAAAAGGAAAUGACUCGGAUUCUGAUUCAGAUAGUGAAGAAGAUGUUCAAGAAGAUGAGAUGCAAGGUGACUGGAUCAUGACAAUAAAGGAGGCUGAUAAAGAACUGAAAGAACAGCUUAUGAAUGGGAAUGAUCAGAACCAUCCUCUCAGUGCCCAAGCCAUGUCGCAUGUACCUAAUAAACGACCAGCACCAUCUGUACCACCUCACCCCCAGGGAAAUCACAACCCCAACCAGAACAAUAAUAUUAAUGAUGGAAUGCAACGUUUAGACAUCCGACGCAAUAACAUUCCUGAUCGUGACCCUGGAAGACCUGUUUCCAUGGCAAUGGCACCAAAUUCUCUACCCUAUCAAAUGGGGCACUCUGAGUCCACACCUAAUAUAUAUAAAGCCCCAGUGAUUCACAGCCGAACAGAGUCGGCUCCAGUUCUACUUGAUCAAAAAGAUGCAGGCUCCCCUGUACACCUGCGUAGUAAAUCUGACACCACCACCCCUAUCAUCUCACCCUAUAAAUCCAAUAUAAGCUUGUUUGGACAACCUCCCCACCUCUCCAUAAUAAACAAUAGACCACCCAUCUCGCGUCCUAAGUCCCAGUAUGAUUUACCAAAUUCUAGCCAUCCCCCAACUCAUGUGGGUUCCUCACACCACAUGUUGGAUACCUCACCCUACAAGAAUUAUCAGCGCCACCCAGCGCCCCAGCCCCCUCAGAGACCGGUGUCACAGUACGAUGUCCCGCGACAGUCCUCCUCCCUGUCCUCCACCGUGGUUCCUCUCUUGCUGCAGCUGAAGGAUGACUAUAGAGAGGACUACAGGAGGCGGGGACACCCUGUCCAGCGAACAGAGGCAGUAGACGAGCUGAAAAAUGCUUUUGAUUUGGCAGAACGGUCAUGUUCUGGAAUAACAGAUGACCUCCUAACAGGGGUCAUAAGUCGCUUAGCUACCACAGCAACAGUGUCAGAGGUGGAGAUCAGGAGAGCAAUAGACAAAGUGAAAAGACCUUCCUAGCAGAAGAAGAGAGGGACAUAUAUUGUUCAGUGCUUGGACAGAGGAGAAAGAAAAUGGAAUGAGGAUGAUCCUUCAUUGAGGGGCAAGGACUUGAACAGGCUGAGGAUUAGGGCCCCUCCUCAGAGAGGACACAUUUCUUCUGUGUUAUUUUAUUUCUGUAUGGACUGCUGUUGCAGACAAGGCUGAGAUGAAUUCCUGUACAUGACAUUAUACUCCCCUUCUCCUGUAUUGACGGUCACAUGCCCUUUGUCAGUGACCGUAUGAGGGCAGCAUUUAAACAAUAUUCUACUCCUCUGUCUAGUGGUUGUCCUGUUUGUAAAGUGGCAAAGUUUAAAUGGAUACUGAAAGAACAGUUCUGUGGUUCUAUGAAAUCACAAAUUUCUUACAGGGUGAAUGUUCCAAUACUUCCCUUCACAUUGAAAAGAAAUUAUGUGUGCAUUUUCAUGGUAGAAUUGAGAGAGAUAUGAAUCGAUGGUGGACAAUUCUAGAGGAUAUCAGAGAGUUGAAUUUGCAAAUGAUAUCACAGGAGCCAUGUUUCUUCCUAAGUUAUACAAGGACCAAAGGUUUCACUUGUUUCAGGGACUGUAUUAAGUAUUUAUUUGUGUUUUAGACUAAUAACACUUCUUUCAGCAGUCAGGAGCCUAACCAACACCAGAUAGUACACCACUCACACCUGUUAAUGUAUUGCAAUAAAAUUGUAGUGUUUGCAAAAGAACUUCUUUAAAGAACUUUAUAUGAUAAUGGCCUAAAAUUGCUUUCAAAAUGAAAAUAUUCAUUUUACUCUAUUCUUUGUUUUCUUUGUACAGUAAUAUUCAUAUGAAGUUUUUUCAUCAUUUUCAUUUUGAUUAUAUUGCCCCUAAUUUUGAAAUAUGACAUCAUAAAGCUAGAUCAAAGCUGCGUUCUGUAUAUCCCAUUCAAAAAACGAUGAUACAAUUUUGACAUACAUGUAUUUUGAUACAAUUACAAUAAUUAUGCCAAUUCUGAUGUCAUAUACUGCCAGUGAGUUCAAAUUGAAGACGAAAUAUACUGUGGAAUCAUUAAAUUUCGCAUUGGCUCAAUUUUCGUGGAAUUCGUGGGUACCUCUCAUCCACGAAUUAACAUCCUCCACGAAUGAAUAAAUUAAAGUAAUAACGUCAUAUUUCCUUUAGUAGAUAUAUGAGAAUACACGAAAUUACGUCCCCACGAACCUGUAAAAUUUAAGUCAUCCACGAAAAUUGGCCCCCACGAAAUAUAAUGAUUCCACAGUAGAUGA